CACAGCUACCUUUCUGUCAUUUUCUGCUUAUUUCGAGUCUCAGAAAAUCCCCCCAGUUUUUCAAUGUUCAUUAGUGUAUUGUUAUAAGUGACAUGGAGGCUGGCGGAAGAACCUAAAAUCCGAGGAUUUGAGUUUUUCCGGAGGUGAAGCAUUUGGAUCUGGAGAUGACUUUACUGAACAUCCUCGGGAAAUUAAGUUAAAAUGUCUGAAGAAUUCGUCGACACUAGUUACGAAGGCUCAGCAGAAAUAGUCUAUGCUGCCACCUUCAACUUCAGCUGUGUUUUCAACACGACCAACCGCUCCUCCGGCGACUACUUCCACCUGUCAGACUUUGACAGAACAGAUUUUGUGGGAGACGGCGCUGCUGUUCUGAGAAUCAUCAUCUCUGUCAUUUACUCUAUGGUUUGCGCGCUGGGUCUGGUUGGGAACUUGCUGGUCCUGUACCUAAUGAAGUCGAAACAAGUGUGGAAAAAAUCCUCCAUCAACCUUUUCGUAACUAGUUUGGCAGUGACUGACUUCCAGUUCGUCCUGACUCUGCCGUUCUGGGCGGUGGAAAACGCGCUGGACUUCACUUGGCUUUUCGGCAAAGCUAUGUGUAAGAUAGUUUCCUAUGUGACAGCUAUGAACAUGUACGCCAGUGUGUUUUUCCUGACGGCCAUGAGCGUGGCGAGGUACUGGUCUCUCGCCUCUGCGCUCAAGGGCAGACGGCGGCGGACACACUGCUGCUCCGCGCGGUGCAUCACGGUUUUCAUCUGGUUUGCCGCUGUCUCCGCCGCACUGCCGCACGCAGUUUUCUCCACAACAGUCACAGUUUCCAAUGAGGACCUGUGCCUCGUCAAAUUCCCUGAAACCAACGGAACCUCGCAGUUUUGGCUCGGACUCUAUCAUUCUCAGAAAGUGCUGCUGGGCUUCGUGGUGCCUCUGGGCAUCAUCUCUGCCUGCUAUCUGCUCCUUCUGCGCUUCAUCACCUCCAAAAACAUCAACACCUCCAGCGCCAAGCGACGCGCCAAGGUCACCAAGUCCGUCACCAUAGUGGUCUUGUCCUUUUUCCUCUGCUGGCUCCCCAACCAGGCGCUGACAGCCUGGGGCAUCCUCAUCAAACUCAAUGUGGUUCAUUUCAGUUAUGAGUACUACACCACACAGGUGUACGUUUUCCCCGUGUCCGUGUGCCUGGCGCACUCCAACAGCUGCCUGAACCCCAUCCUGUAUUGCCUGAUGAGGCGGGAGUUCAGAAAAGCGCUGAAAAAACUCUUCUGGCGGAUGACUUCUCCGACCAUCACCACCAUCAGACCGAUCACAGCCACCACAAAGCCAGAGAUUUACGGGCAAGGGCAAGUCCCGGUCCCCAUCAGCGCGCCCGAGGAGCCCGCUGUGAUGUUUUAUCCUCCGGGGGCAGUUAUGUACAGUGACAGGCGAGACCUGCCGCAGAACAGCACUUGAAGUGCCACGGACAGUUUUUUAAAUCCUCUAUGAGUGUUAUUUCUAUGCAUUUAUGUUAACUGGACUAUUUCUUACUUCGCAGUUGUCAGCGGAACUGUGGUCUGAGUCCAAGUUGGAUCUGCGUUGUUGAGAAAGUAAGAAACGCUCAUAUAGAAAUCGCCAUCGGCCGCUUCACGUAUUUCACCUGUGAAUGAGAAAAGAAGAAGACAUCAUUUGAAUGUGCUUCGUCUGUCGAAGAAAAUUUGAAUGUACGGUGUCCUUCUCUUUGUUCAGGUUGAGAAUGUGUACACUCAGGUGGACAGUCCAGUCAUCCAUUUAUUCAGUUUUUAAGCCGCAGAAAUCCAUGGCCUCAUGGUACAGUAGAUAAAAAUGAGUCCAAUGAGUUUCACACAGGGAGGUAUACCAAUUUUAAAUGUGGAACUGUGAGGAAAAAAAGUUGAAUUAAUGCCUAAAAUAUGUGUCAUAAACCCAUAUGGUGUGAAAGGUACUGCAUUAAUACUCUCAAAAAAGGUGAUUUAUACCAUUUGUACUAGUUACAUUACUCCUGAUGCUACAGUAUAGCUAUAUAGUGAUGUAGUAAAGUAGCAUUUUCUUACACCAGAUUUGCAGCCUAUAAUCCCCAAAAUGUUCUCUUGGCUUCAAGUUCACAAAGAGGAUUUUCUCUCCCGAUUUAUUAUUAUUAUACAAGGUAUACAAGAUAAAGAAAGAAAGACAUAACGUGUCAGGUUCAAUAAAUAAUAAGGUUUCUGUGUCAUGCAUUGAGGAAAUGUUUAACCUUUAAACAUUUACAUCUAUGAAUUAAGUGUUUACUUGACGAAAUCAAGUUGUUUAUGAGAAAUCUUUAAUGAGCUUUAACUGACAUCACAUGUAGGGGGUGCAGCAGUAUGUCUCUAGAAGCCAGCUCUGAAGUGAAAGACGGAAAUCUCCCGUACAGAUUCACACUGGAGGAAGAUAUGUGCUACAGUCUCAAUAUUAUAAGUGAACAAGAUUCACUAUGUUCAGAUGGUUAUUGUUGUCUCAGGGAAUUUGUGUGGAAUGUGGACAUGGAGUUGAUAGCUCUGAGUAUUGUGUCGUAAAUAUUGUAAAUAAUCUGAUCUGUGGCCCAUAUUGCUGUUUUUGAUCGGCUCAAUCAGGGAUCCACAAGACUCUGUGAAAUCUAUAUGUGGGCCUUCUUGGUCACACGCUGAUCAUCAACCGAUGAGUCAUGAAGUUGAAAUGUCAUCUCUGUGUUCAAUAAAUGCU